CAAGCGGUCAACGUGCACCAUCAGAGCCUUCCAGAGUGUCAUAACUUGCCAGCGACGUAUAGGCUUGCUACUUCGCAACUCUGUUUGUAUGGGAAUUUUACCUUCAACGACCGGAAAUUAACAUCGGCGGAGUUUCUGACGCUGAAGCUGUUUAUGACAGGUCGACGACCGCUGCCGACUAAGUCCUUCUUCCUCGUUUAAAUUACAGAGAGACGCGCUUGCUCCAAAAUACGCUUACUUCCGAUAAGCCGGAGGAACAAUAUACGAGUAUGUCCCCUUGUUAUGUCAAUUCGCGUCUUUUUCUCGCUGUUCUUCUUUCGCAUUUUUGUGGCAGAACAUGAUAACUCGCCUCGUGCAGCUAUAUCCGGCACUUGCAUUCCAAGCUCUCGCAAGAACGAGUAUAUCGGGGUAGGAUCACACCCGCGUGCUUUUAGGGUGCAUGUGAGGUUUCGGUAUAGACGAAAACGCCGUGCUGAAAUGGCAAUACUGUCGCGUCGACGAUCAGUUAUCCGAUAUUGCAAGGAAUGUUACGAACAGGAGCCCCAUAGGAAGAGACACGUUUUUUCUUGUCAAAAAACUGACGGAAGUGGAAAAAUCAGGUGCUAUGGGGAGUACAUCCUUUCGGAUAGGUCUUUCGCGCUAAUUUCGCACUACGGUCUCCAGCAAGUAACUGCCCCGUGAAGACGUGUCAUACGCGUUUUGUCUCUGUAAAAUAUUUGUUAG